CAAACUUACUUUAUUUAUAUCUUCUAAGCUUGCACACACAUUUUGUACCCCAUAAAUUCAGCCCCAAGUCCAGAGAGAUUUUCGAGAGAUCCGCGCAGAGAUCGACGGCAGGAUGGAGAAGCUAACGCUGAUGGAUCCGAGUGCGGGGGAUCAGCAGGACUAUUUGCUCAACGAGGAGCUGGAUCUGCUGGGCGAACUGGGCGAUUGUCACAAGACCAACUUGGCGGACAUUGAUGUGAUAGCGCGAACGACCACCAGAUGUCACUUGACGAGUCCGCGGCUGAUUUCGAUGGUCAGCCAGAGGACCACGUGGGAGCAACCGACCACCGCCGUGGCCGAGGAGACGGAUUCCCAGGAGGAGGAGACGGAGCUGCUGCCCUUUGGACUUCGGGUCGAGGAGGAAGGGCUGACCUCGGACGAGGAGUCGAAAACGCUGAAUGCCAUUCAUGGUCUAGAUCAGAUACUCAAACGAAUCGAUAUAAUGCAGAGCCAGAUCCGAAGGCAUCAGCAGCUGGAGAAGAGCACCGAUCGGACGGAGGAGGAGGAAACGGAGGAGGAGCAGGUCUCCUGUGGUGGACUAACCACGAAGCACUCGGAGAUUCGGUGCAUUCAGCGGGCCCAGCACCACAUUCAGUGUCAGAUCACCGAGCUGCUGUGCCGCUACAAUGGAUUCCGGGACAUGUUGCGCACUUUGAGCCAAGAGUGGGCCUGUCUGGAGCAGAAGAUCGCCGACAUUCGCCGCCACAACCUGGUGCAUUUGGACUGGACUCAGGAGUCGGCCAAUGAUUUGAGCAACUGCCAGCAUCGCCAUCGAUCCCUGGCCGCCGUCAAGCUGACCAAGAAGAUGGCCCUGCUCGUGACCAAGACGAACAUGUCCAGCGGCUUCCGCUACAGCCGUCGAUAUCUGCGACAGGCCCUCCUCAGUCGGCACAUCAACGACUUUCGCUACGAGGUCGCCGAGCUGAAGCUCCUCAGCGAACAGAUCUGCGCCGGAAUCGAUGGGCGACUCGACGAGAUCAAGAUGAAGGCCCGCAAAAUGGGUGUCCAAAUGGGGCCCACGCCGCGCGAAUCCCAAUUGGUCACCGAGGUGGCCGAGGUCUUUACCGUCGCCAGGAAUCCUGGUUCAAAAGUUAAGGGGAAAUAAUAUGAAGAAGUUGCGAUAGCUAUGAUACAAUGAGAGGAACGAUUA